AUGUCGGCUCAUAGCUCAAUGUCGGAUUUCUCGAUCAUCUCGGAUUUCGAGUCUGAAGCGUUCCGCUCGGAGAGCUCGGCUAGCGACGUGAGUGCCGAUCUGGUGGCCUAUCGAUCGGGACUAAACUCGCCGGCGCAGUCUGAACACGGUUGGAGCGCGACGAUGUCUCGAUGGGACGCCUACAGCACUGAGGUCGCCCCAUCGGAGUCUGAAGCAGAUCGUCCGAAGUCGGCGGCGCUCUGGGAUGUCAACAGAAGCCCAAGUCCAGCUGGUUCUGUUGCUCUUGACGCCGCUCAUCUGGAAUCCGAAAGAGAGGAAAGACCUGAAUCGUGUGCAUCUUCCGAUGAUGAUGAUGAUGACUGUAUCAUCAUAGCAAGAAAACCGUCGGGAGUCACCAGUUUUAUCAUUGAUUUCUCUGAUCCUUACGAAGAUGAUGAUGAUGAUGAUGAACAAUUGAACGCCGAUCUUUGGGGUGUGUAUGCCACUGAUCUCCCCAAGCACGAUCCCGUUGAGUCCAGUCGUCCGGCCUCCGUCGCGCUCUGGGACAUUGAGGAACCGGCUCGUCCGGCCUCCGUCGCGCUCUGGGACAUUGAAGAGCAUCUGAACCUGAAACCGACGGACCAAUCCGCUGAAAUCAAAGAGCUGCAAGAGAGAAACAGUGUGCUGAUGAAAAAUUUGAUGGAGCUGAAAGAGGUGAUGCGGUUCAAUCAGAAGAUUAUCAGUAAUUUGGUGAGGCACCAGCCGUCGCCGGAACUUCCUACUGAACAAAGAGUCGUUCAAGCAUCGGUAAGUCUAAACUCUCAACUGAUCGGGCAUCAGCCGGACGUUUUUCUUUCCAGGAAGCCAAUCCCAUCGAGACCGAGAUCGUCGGUGAAUGGAAGCUGCUCUCGACGAGCAACUCCCACGAGUACCUGAGCGCACUCCACAAGAACGGCGGCGAUGGACUCGAUGCGGCGCUGUUCUCGCUCGGAAGGCCGUGCUUCGAGAUGUGCGAAUCCGGCGCGUUCACUUCCUACGUGCACUACGAGAAUCAGUCCUUUGAAAAGUACACCGGACGUCUGGGAGAGUCCUUCGAACGCAAUGGAUGCAUCCGCAAGUCGUACGUCGAGGACAACCGUCUCGUCAUCGUGCACAGAAGAGAAGUCGAUGGAGAAGUGCUUUUUGAGCAAGCCCGCGAGACGAUGCACAUCGAGGACGGCAAACUGCACAUCAAGACGACGAGAUUCGGUGUGUCCUGCUCGAGAACCUACGAAAAGAUGGUUUCGAGCGGUGAAAAUGAUCAGGGGGAUCUCUUGAUCACCGAGAAGAAUCAUGCGAUUUUGGUGGGAGAAUGGCGCGUGCUCGACAUGCACUGCAGCACGGAACUGGAGCCGAUGGUCCGAACCUCGUUGGCUCAAGGAUUCGACGCCUUCAGGCACGGCAACCGUCUUUACGCCCUGAAGGACGACAACGCGCUCAGUGAGAAAGUGGUGCUCAACAAUAAGACGUUCGAGUGCGUCCGCCAUGAGCCACGGACAAAAAUGACGAGACUGAUCCGCGACGGACUGCUCCACGAGAAGCUCGUCAACGAAAGUGGAUCGAUAACUGUCGUCUACGAAAGAGUUUGA